AUGGCUGUCCCGAAGCAGAAAGUGGUUGUUGUGGGUGCUGGUCCGGUGGGAGCGUUGGCGGCGCUAUACGCUGCAUCCAGAGGAGAUGAGGUCGAAGUAUACGAACUUCGUGGCGAUCUCCGGGACCCUACGACCGUGCCAUUGAACUUCACCAAGUCAAUCAAUCUAGCCCUGUCUGAACGUGGUCUUAAUUCUAUGCUGCACUCGGACCGGCCCGAUUUGAUCGACAAUGUACUCCGCGACGCGAUCCCCAUGCAUGGGCGGAUGAUUCACGGCCGAGACAGCGGGGAACUGUGGGAGGCUGCACAAGCCUAUGACGUCCACGGCCGGGCUAUUAACUCAAUCGACCGAUCAACGCUCAACAAUGCACUCCUCGACGAGUUGGAAAAGGCCCCUAAUGUCAAGUUGUUCUUUAACUACAAGUUGACUGGUGCGGACUUCCGCACCAACAAGGCCUGGUUUGAGCGCCGAAUCCCUGGUGAGACACCUAUGCCCGAUGAUGCGGGCAUCGCUGGCCGUGUACCAGAGUAUGAAGUGUCCUUCGACUACCUCAUCGGCGCCGACGGAGCACACUCGGCCGCACGCUUCCAUCUCAUGAAGUUUGCCCGUGUUGACUACCAGCAAGAAUAUAUCGACACCUUAUGGUGUGAAUUCCGAAUCCCUCCUUCAGAAGAUGGAGACUUCCGCAUCUCACCGAAUCACCUUCACAUCUGGCCUGGGCGCGAGUUCAUGUUUAUUGCGCUCCCAUCGCCAGACAAAUCAUUCACCUGCACCCUAUUCGCACCAUCCUCACACUACACAUUCCUGGAAACCCAACCACAGGAACUGCAUGAAUUCUUCGACUCUCAUUUCCCAGGCGUAUCACCAGAACUAAUCAGCCCAGAAGCUCUAACCGAACAAUUUGCAACAAACCCCCAUCUCCCUCUGAUUAGUAUAAAAUGCAAUCCGCACCACUUCGCCGCCAGCGUCACCAUCCUCGGGGACGCAGCACACGCAGUCUUGCCAUUUUACGGCCAAGGAUUAAACGCAGGCCUGGAGGACGUCCGCGUUCUUUUCGAGCAACUCGAUAAACACGGCGUCUACGACCCUAACUCAAGCGUCUACACACGAGGCCUCAAACGCCAGGCCGCGUUCCAGGCAUACACAGACCAGCGCUGUGCUGAUACACACGCCAUCAAUGAUCUCUCGAGGGAGAAUUACCUCGAGAUGCGCGCUGGCGUCAAAUCACCCCUGUACAAGCUGCGCAAGGCCAUCGAAGAGACGAUAGACCGUCGGUUCCCAUUCUUUGGUUGGAAGACACAGUAUGCCCGCGUUAGCUUUAGCAACCAGCGCUACUCGGAAGUCGUCCAGGCUGUUCAGCACCAGAGUGACGUGCUUGGUCUCGGUUUGACCGGAGCUCUCAUCGCUAGUGCUGGUGCUUUGUCGAUUUUGAUGUGGAAGUAUCCCAGGUAUUUCUCGCCUGUGCGGUUGUUCCAAUAUUCGUGUCGUUUGGCAUGUAUUGGAUUGAGAGCUUUCCGCAGGUUCACUCAUAUCUGA